ACAUGAUAAGGCUCUAGGUUGCGAGCUGUAGUGGUAUGGUAUGGUGCUGAUAUUAAUAUAUAUACAAACCACCUCGUCUCUUCACUCCCCGCUUCCUCUGCGCAUCCAAAUUUCGAGAAUUGGAGACUCGGCAACGAUCUAAUCUAAUCCAAUCAAAGAGCUCGAGGGGCUUGGUAUGACAGACUUGACUCAGGGAAUUAUUCAACAAGUUUUCGGAUAGCGAUAUUUAUUCACUUCCAUCACUAUUUACUACAGCCAUCAUCACCAGUAACCAGGGACCAAGCGAAAAAGGAGCUCCCACAUCCACUCGAGCCGAGGGGGACAGCAGGACUGGAAUUACCUAAGCUCCCACAACUAGAGGGCUGAGGGGAUUACUCAAUCUAACCCACAAAGAUCAGAGAACUAUAAAUCACCCUCGAGUCUCUACUUACUUACUACUUACUCAAUCCUCCCUUCCGCAACAACAACAAACAAAACGAAAAAAAGCCAAAGCAAACGAAAAAUGGGUCUCCACCCCCUUAAAGAGGUCCUCUCGACCAACAAACAGACGCUACGAAAUAGCACCGCGGAACAACCGUUCGUAGCGGUCUUUACGGGUGCUACGCAGGGAAUAGGAUCUUUUGCUUUGCUGGAGCUUUGUAGGAGUGUUGCUUGUUCGUUAUAUCCCUUCUUUCCCCUCCUACUACCCCUUGAUCCCUCUGACCACCCCUUUCACACUGUACACUCCACACCUUCACUCUCACUCUCACCCUCAAACCUCAUACCUCACAACAAUUUCAAACCCGCUCUCCCAAACCCAAACCCAAACCCAUCCAUCGCUUCAACUAACACCAAAAAGACCUCCAAAUCCACCUCCUCGCACGAACCCCCACCUCCCCAACGGUCGUUGCACUAAUCGCACAAUGCAAGAAUCUCUGUCCAAAUGUAGUAUUCAACGUGAUUCAAUGUAAGGAUCUGGCGUUGAUACGGGAUGUGGAUGCUGCUACGGAGCAGAUUCUUCGGUUUGAGAGAGGCGAGAAGGAGGGGGGGAAAGGAAAGGGAAGAGUGGAUUUGUUGUGUAUGAGUCAGGGGUAUCUUACUUUUGAGGGGAGGAAGGGUGAGUUUUUUUCUUCUUCUUUUUACUCUUUUGGUGAUGAGGGGGGUUUUUGUGAGGGGAGAGGAGGGGAGAGAAGGGGAUGAGGUGAGGUGAGAGGGAGGGUAGUGGGGUGGAAAUACCCGAAUCCAAGAUCUCGCUUGCACUUGACCAAGACUCGAAGCGAGAAAGGGGUCAAGGGGGAAUAAAAACCCAAAAACCCAAAUCAAACCCCCCAAAAACAACGAAAAAAACAAGAGUACAGAAGCUAACCAUCCCCAAACCCCACAGAAACCAAAGAAGGCCUCGACACCCGCUACUCCCUCAUCUACCACUCCCGCAUCCGCCUAACCCAAAACCUGCUCCCGCUGCUCCUCCAAUCCACCCAUCGGGGCGGCGCCCGCAUCAUCUCCGUCUUCUCCCCACAAGGCGAAAAACAGCUCUUCGAAAGCGACCUCUCUCUCCGCUCCGCCUCCCACUACAACUUCACCAACACCGGCUCCCAUGUCGCCUACCUCAAGACCUUCUACUUUGAGGAGCUAGCGAAAAAGUACCCUGGGAAACUAAGCUGUGUGCAUUACUUCCCCGGCUUGGUGGCGACGGGGACGUUUAUGAAUGCUACGUUACCGCUCUGGUUUAGGGUUCUGUGGACGCUUUUGAGGCCCCUUACGGCGUUGCUUAGUGUGAAGAGGGAGGAGAGUGGUGCGAGGAUUUUGUAUCAUCUUUCUGAGAAUUUUCCUGCGAGGGGAGAGGAGUGUGAGGGGGUUGCGCUGGCUUCGGAUGGGACGAGGGGUGGGGGGGCGUAUCGGGUGAAUUAUGAUAAUGAGGUUUUUCCUUGUAAGGGGGAUUUUGAGAGGUUGCGGCGGGAGGGGUUUGCGGAGAGGGCGUGGGUGUAUAGUAAUACUGCGGUGGAGGAGAUUGCGAGGAAUGGUGUUUUUACUGGUUAG